AUGCCUGACCAAAUCUCUGUUCUCUUCGUCUGCCUCGGCAAUAUCUGUCGGUCGACCAUGGCGGAAGGCGUUUUCCAAUCGCUUGCAAGGAAACCACCGUACAAAGAUCUCAUAGGUACUAUCGACUCUUGCGGAACGGGCGCCUACCACACUGAUGAAGAGCCAGAUGACCGGACCAUGUCAACGCUCGAGGCACACGGAAUUACAAAUUAUGUUCAUAGAGCACGAAAGGUCAGGGAAUCCGAUUUCGACAGGUUUGACUACAUCUUCGCCAUGGAUAGAUCCAAUCUCGAGGAUCUCAAGCGCAUUCAGCAGAGGAAGCCCGGUUGUAAGGCCAAGGUCAUGCUCUUUGGGGAGUACUCGGGAACCGGCAGGGCCGAGGUCAUCAGCGACCCGUACUAUGGCGGCAGGCAAGGCUUCGAGAAGGCGUAUGAGCAGGCAACACGGUUCUCAAAAAACUUCCUGAAGGACGUCUUCCCGGAUGUGCAGCCUGAACAAUGA